AACAUAUUUCUUUGAGAAUAUACAAAUACAGAGUAGUAAUUGCCAGCAUGAGAAGCGUGAAUUAGCAGCAACAACCCUAAGAACCAAGGGGCGACCUGAAUAUUAAAUUCACAACUAGCCAAAACAACCUCAAAUAUACGUUAUCCACUGUGCUGACAGAGAUUCAAGCCUAAAAAUAUCUUUACCUCUUGAUAUUUUUCUUUCUUUGUCAAAACAAAAAUCCAACAAUUGUGAAUAUUCUUAUACUAGUAGAUAAAUUGAUCUGAAUUCUGAGUGAAUUUCUUGGUGUUUGUCUGAAAAAUGGACCCUGCCCAAGAAGCCCAGAACAGAGAAGCUUUUCGGCAAGCUGUGAUUAACACACUCGAACGCCGUCUCUUUUACAUCCCCUCUUUCAAGAUCUACCGUGGCGUUGCUGGCCUUUACGACUAUGGCCCUCCUGGUUGUGCCGUUAAAUCCAACGUCCUCUCCUUCUGGCGCCAGCAUUUUGUUCUUGAGGAGAACAUGUUAGAGGUUGAUUGCCCAUGUGUUACGCCUGAAGUUGUGCUAAAAGCGUCAGGUCAUGUUGAUAAGUUCACUGAUCUUAUGGUGAAAGACGAAAAGACUGGCACUUGUUACCGUGCAGAUCAUCUGCUGAAAGACUUUUGCAAAGAUAAGCUUGAGAGAGAUCCUAAUCUUCCUGCUGAAAAGGCCGCGGAAUUCAGGCACGUGCUUGCUGUUUUGGAUGAUCUUUCUGCUGAAGAGCUCGGUGCUAAGAUUAAGGAUUAUGGCAUUACUGCUCCAGAUACCAGGAAUCCUCUUUCUGCCCCUUAUCCUUUCAACCUCAUGUUCCAAACAUCAAUUGGGCCGUCUGGCAUAAGUCCUGGUUACAUGCGUCCCGAGACUGCUCAAGGCAUUUUUGUUAACUUCAAGGACUUGUACUAUUACAAUGGAAAUAAGCUUCCUUUUGCGGCUGCACAGAUUGGUCAAGCUUUCAGAAAUGAGAUCUCACCACGUCAAGGUCUCCUGAGAGUCCGUGAAUUUACACUGGCUGAGAUUGAGCACUUUGUUGACCCGGAGGAUAAAUCUCAUCCAAAAUUUCCUGAUGUUGCAAACUUGGAGUUCUUGAUGUUCCCAAGAGAAGAUCAGGUUUCUGGAAGAUCAGCUAGGAGAAUACGUCUUGGUGAAGCAGUUGUCCAGGGAAUUGUCAACAAUGAAACUCUUGGAUAUUUCAUAGGGAGAGUAUAUCUAUUUCUUACUCAUCUUGGUAUUGACAAAGACCGGCUACGGUUUCGUCAACAUCUUGCAAACGAAAUGGCACAUUAUGCUGCAGACUGUUGGGAUGCUGAAAUUGAAUGCUCUUAUGGAUGGAUUGAGUGUGUUGGUAUAGCUGAUAGGUCUGCGUAUGACUUGCGUGCUCACACGGAUAAAAGUGGUGUGCCUCUAUUAGCCCAUGAAAAGUUUCCAGAGCCCAGGGAAGUAGAGAAGCUUAUUAUAACUCCAGCUAAGAAGGAGUUAGGUCUUGCUUUUAAGGGUAACCAAAAGAUGGUGGUUGAAGCACUGGAGGCUAUGGGUGAAAAAGAAGCAAUGGAAAUGAAAGCAACUUUGGAGUCUAAGGGGGAGGCCGAAUUUCAUGUUUGCACCCUCGACAGGAUUGUCACUAUAAACAAGAAUAUGGUGUCCAUCUCAAAGGAAAUGAAGAAGGAACACCAGAGGGUUUUCACUCCAUCAGUCAUUGAACCAUCUUUUGGUAUUGGGAGGAUAAUAUACUGCCUCUACGAGCAUUCUUUCAACACAAGACCUAGCAGAGAUGGUGAUGAACAAAUGAAUUUUUUCAGCUUCCCUCCUAUUGUAGCUCCUAUAAAAUGCACUGUGUUCCCAUUGGUUCAGAAUCAACAAUAUGAGGAAGUUGCCAGACAAAUUGCUAGGUCGCUGACUGCCUAUGGGAUCUCAUAUAAGAUCGAUAUAACAGGUACGUCAAUAGGGAAAAGGUAUGCAAGAACAGAUGAACUUGGAGUUCCCUUUGCCAUUACAGUGGAUUCAACGACCUCUGUGACAAUCCGUGAAAGGGACAGCAAGCAGCAGAUUCGUGUGAAUGUGGACGAAGUAGCAUCUGUUAUUAAGGAGGUAACUGAUGGGCAGAGCACAUGGGGUGAUGUGUUGUGGAGAUACCCUACUCAUUCUUCUUGAGCCCCUGAAUUGAGAAUGUUUACUUAGUAGCCUGAUUGGUUUGUUCGACAUUGGCGAAUUGCUUUACAAUUAUACAUCGAAGUGACAGUAAAUACUUGUGCAAUGAGAAUACUCGUACCAUUUGGUCCCUUCAUUCA